GUCAAUUGUCAGUCUCCGGAGAAGAAGAAAAAAUGGAGACGGAGUGGUGAAAAGAUCUGCGACUGGCUGUAGUGAGAAAUUGUAGUGAAAAUCUAUACGUGAUAUUGAGUAUUUUUGUGAAAUUUUGCAGAAGAGUGUCUAAGUAAUCAAGUAGCGACAAAAGAUCCGUGAGUGUUGCAUAGUUUUGAAGCAGCAGACGUCUGUCAAGUGAAUUCCAGACAGGGACAACAUGGAAGAGGACACGGAAUUCAAGAAAUUGCCCGUGGAUGAGAGGUGCGUCCAUAAGUUGUGGAAGGCUCGUGUUGAUGGCUACGAGGAGGCCACAAAGAUCUUCCGGGAGAUUGUCGAUGAGAAGUCACCGGAAUGGAACAAGUUCCUGGGCCUGGUGAAGAAGUUCGUGGUGGACAGCAAUGUGAUGGCACAGGAGAAGGGACUGGAGGCCACAUUGGUGUUUGUGGAGAAUUGCGGAUUUGCCGGCAAGACGGUUGGUGAGGUAAUGUCAGGAAUUGUAUCCAAAUGCAUUGGAGCUCCGAAAGCGAAAACCAAGGAUCUGGCAAUUCAAAUUUCUCUGAUGUACAUUGAGAUUGAGAAGCAUGAGAUCGUGAUGGAGGAACUGAUAAAGGGCAUGGAGAACAAAAAUCCCAAAAUUGGUGCCGCCUGUAUUGCCACAACGACGACAGCUCUGCGUGAAUUCGGCUCAAAGGUGAUUGCCGUGAAGCCGAUAGUGAAGAAAAUAGCCACUUUGUUGAGUGAUCGAGAUAAGAAUGUGCGUGAUGAGGCAAAGUCGCUGACUAUUGAGAUUUAUCGGUGGAUUGGUGCAGCGCUAAAGGCUCAGCUCACUUCCGUGGCGGAUGUGCUGAUGAAAGAACUCGAGGGCGAAUUUGACAAGAUGAAAAAUGAAAAGCCAGAGCCGACGAGAUAUUUACGGUCACAGCAGGAGAGAGCUGCUGCCGUUGCAGCGGCCGCCGCCCACAGAGACGACGCUGACGAUGGCGAGGAGGGCGACGAGGCGAAUGCUUCUGGUGAAAUAGAUCCGCUCGAUUUGAUGGAUCCGGUUGAUAUACUGUCCAAAAUCCCGAAAGACUUCUACGACAAGCUCGAGUCGAAGAAGUGGCAGGAGAGAAAGGAGGCUCUUGAGGCGUUGGAGCCACUUGUGCAGAAUCCCAAAUUGGAGUCCGGAGAUUAUGCGGAGGUUGUUAAGGCGCUGAAGAAGGUCCUCACCAAGGAUACCAACGUUGUUCUCGUGGCAUUGUCUGGAAAAUGUUUGGCUGGACUUGCCAAAGGACUGGGCAAGAAAUUCUCACCAUAUGCUCUUGUCUGUACUGCGGCGAUCCUUGAGAAAUUCAAGGAGAAGAAAACAAAUGUCGUGACAGCGCUCCGAGACGCGAUUGAUGCCAUCUAUCCAGCGACAAAUUUAGAUGCCAUCCAGGAAGAUAUUCUCGAGGCAUUGAACAAUAAGAAUCCUAAUGUGAAAUCAGAGACAGCCUCAUUCCUGGCGCGCGCAUUCACCAAGACACUUCCGACAGUCCUGAAUAAAAAAUUACUGAAAGCCUACUUAACAGCCUUGCUAAAGACACUCAAUGAAUCCGAUCCGGUCGUGAGAGACGCAUCGGCUGAGGCGAUUGGCACGGCGAUGAAGUUGAUCGGCGAGAAGAACAUUUCUCCCUUCUUGACGGACGUGGAUGCCUUAAAAUUGAAUAAGAUAAAGGAGUGCUGCGAGAAAGCAGUAAUUGUGAUAAAGAUAAGCAGUCCGAAGAAGGAGAGACCAGCUACGGCGCCUCAAAAGUCAGCUGGCGUGACUAAAGGAGGCUCCACGGAGCCAAAACCCGUCACUCGUCCAGCCACAGCGGGUGGAAAGAAGCCUGUGGCGAAGAAAGUCGGCGGUGGUCUGGCAAAGUCAGGCAGUACUGCAAAAGUGGUGGGAAAAACCCUUCCCAGUGAGCGAGAUUUGUCUCAGGAAGAGGUGGACGAGAAGGCGUCAGAGGUUCUUCCGCCUGAUUUGAUUGCUGGACUUUCGGAUAGCAAUUGGAAAGCGCGAUUGAGUGCGAUGGAGUCACUUACAGCUCUUGUGCAUGACAUGGAUCCAAAGAGUGGGAUGUCACAGGUGUUGGUGCGGACAGUUUUGAAGAAGCCCGGGCUGAAGGACACACACUUCCAAGUUCUCAAGUAUCGCUUGGACAUCAUCCGUGUCAUAGCUGAGAGAAUGCCUAUCACCGUGACCACGUGUGACUAUGCAUUGAAUGACAUAACGGAGAAGCUGGGCGAUACGAAAAACAGUGCAUCAGCUGCAGCUGCAUUGACAGCCAUUGCGGAGGCCAUAAAUCUUGAUUAUGUGGUGUCGAAAGUGACAACAUUCGCUUUUGAGCAGAAAUCUCCAAAAGUGCAACAGGAAUCAUUGCUGUGGAUCAAUCAGGCUCUCCGUGAAUUUGGUCUGCAAAUCAAUCCGAAGAUGCUUCUGGAAGAUGCCCGAAAAGCUGUGCAGAGCAUUAAUCCAGCCGUGAGGGGUGCUGGCAUUACUCUUCUCGGAACAAUGUAUCUUUUCAUGGGAAAAUCCCUCGAGAUGGUGUUUGAUGGAGAAAAGCCGGCACUCAGACAACAAAUCUUCGCGGAAUUUGAGAAGAACACCGAUCAAAGACCACCAGUUCCGAUGCGUGGAGUGAAGAAGAGUUCUAGCAAAGGAUCUAUUUCUGAUAAUGAAGAGGAUGGCGACGACAACCAGGAAGUGGCAAUGCCGCAAACAACGGAUCUUCUGCCACGCAUUGAUAUUUCUUCGCAAAUAACUGAUGCACUUCUGGGAGAGAUGGCUGAUAAGAACUGGAAGACACGCAAUGAGGGCCUUAUAAAACUACAGGGAAUCAUUGGAGACGCUAAAUUGAUCAAACCAUCCAUUGGAGACUUGCCUCAAGCCCUGGCCCAUAGAAUUGUCGACAGUAAUGCCAAGAUUGCCCAAAUGGCUGUGGCUAUUUGUGAGCAAUUGGCCACAGCAAUGGGUCCUGCGUGCAAACAACAUGUGCGAGUUUUGUUUCCGGGAUUCCUACAUGGACUGGGCGACAUGAAGUCAUUUCUUCGGAAUGCUUGUCUGGCGUGCAUCAACACUUGGGGCGACACAUGUGGCUACAAGGAGUUCUUUGACGGUGAGAUGAUCGCUGAGGCUUUGAAAUCUGGUGGACCAGGCCUCAAGACUGAAUUGUGGGGAUGGCUGGCGGAGAAACUGGGCGAUUUGCCAGUGAAAUCCAUUUCUAGGGAUGAACUGGUGGCGUGUCUUCCGCAUCUAUACGCCAGCAUUUGCGAUAGAAAUGCCGAAGUGAGGAAGAAUGCCAAUGAUGCAGUCCUGGGCAUUAUGAUUCAUGUGGGAUAUGAAACGAUGAUCAAGGCAUUGGAUAAGCAAAAACCAGCAUCGAAGAAGGAUAUUCAGGCGGCUCUUGAUAAGGCCCGACCCAACUUGCCGGUGAAGCCAUUGGCAAAAGGAAAGCAGCAGGCGCCCAUUCCAGAGGAACCGGUGAAGACUGUGCGUGGUGGUGGGCAGAAGGUGGGACAGAAGUCGGCAGGAAUGACUAACAAAGCUCCUGCAACCACAUCAUCACGGAAGAAGGAAGAAGAUGUCGACACUUCGCCACUUUUAGCCAUUAAUAACACGAAGAAUCAAAGGUUGAUUGAUGAGCAAAAGUUGAAGGUGUUGAAGUGGACAUUCACGCAACCACGUGAAGAGUUCACUGAAUUGCUUCGUGACCAGAUGACUACCGCGAAUGUGAAUAAGGGCUUGAUGGCAAACAUGUUUCACGAUGACUUCCGCUAUCAUCUGAAAGUGAUUGAUUCACUCAUUGAGGAUUUGCCGUCCAAUGAGAAAGCUCUUAUUUGCAAUUUGGAUCUUAUACUCAAGUGGCUCUCGCUGAGAUUCUAUGAUACAAAUCCUUCAGUGCUGCUGAAGGGACUGGAGUACCUGAGUUUGGUGUUUCAGGUGCUCAUUGACAAUGAGUAUAUGAUGGCGGAUAGUGAGGGUUCCUGUUUCAUUCCGCAUCUUCUAAUCAAAAUCGGAGAUCCGAAGGAUGCCGUGAGGAACGGAGUUCGAUCGCUAUUGCGACAAAUUUGCCUUGUCUAUCCGUUUUCCAAGCUCUCCACGUACAUAAUGGAAGGGUUGAAGUCGAAAAAUGCCCGACAAAGGACGGAGUGCCUCGAUGAGUUGGGUUACUUGAUUGAAACACAUGGUCUGACAGUGUGUCAACCAACUCCUCAGGCGGCCCUCAAGGAGAUUGCUCGUCACAUUUCCGACAGGGACAACUCUGUGCGCAAUGCUGCACUGAAUUGUAUCGUGCAGGCAUACUUCUUGGCCGGAGACAGAGUUUAUAAGAUGAUUGGACAGAUCUCUGAUAAGGAUUCAUCGAUGCUGGAUGAGCGAAUUAAACGAAUGAAGAAAACGCGAGUGAUGAAGCCUGUUGAAAGUGCUCCUGGGAAGCCUCAGAUUCAGCAUCAGCAGCAGGAGAUUGUGGAACCACAAGAGUUGCCUUGUGAGGAAGAGUUGCCACCGGAAGAGGAAGCACCACAACCGAUCAGAAAUGUGAAUUUUGAGGCGAAAACUCAGGCAGCUUUCAAAUCCAUACAUCUCGUUGAUGCUGAUUCUACUAGUCCACAAAUAGAUAAAACCUUCGAAUCUCUACCGCCUAAGCCGUCUGGACCAUUCCGCCUGGAUCCUGAUGUCAUUGCGGAAAUUGAAAAAGACUGGGUGAAAGUGGAUCAGAUGCCAUUGAGGGAUCCAUCUAAGAUUGAUGUGGCAUUCCUUGAGUCACCUUUGCAAAUUGUGACUCGCGACGGAGUGGGAUAUCCAAUGGAUAAGCUGCAGAAACUCAUGGAUGCUGCUUCGGCGAUGUCUACUGGUGCUGGCAUGUACAGCAACUACACAAUGAGUCCGCCACAGUCACAGCAACCGUCGCGUGUGAGCAGCAGUUACAGUCCGCAACGGAAUCAAUCUAUGCCAGCAGUGUCUUCUAAUCUGGCAGACACACUCCCGAAAUUGGAUCCCAAUCUAGUCAAAAUCAUCCGCGCAGUGGGAUCACCGGAUUCGCUUACGGCGAGAGCGGCAAUACAUGAACUCGGCGACAUUAUAAACAAUCCAGAGCAACAGGCGGUCUUGCGGGACUAUGAGGAACUGUACAUUCAGAGUAUACUGAAGCAGUAUCAGAAUCUGUCGCAGUUGCCAAUUGCUGAGUCGAUGGUAAUGUGUCAGCCACUGCUGUCCAGCAUGUAUUCGUUCUUCAACUCGAAGCAACUGGGAAAGAAUCUGAGUGUGAUGAAUGUGAAGAAUGUGAUGUCAAUGUUGCUGGGCUUGAUGACUGACCAGAAGCUUGCCAACAGUGGUGAUGGCAAUUACAUGCGUGUGUUGAAUGGAAUUUGCCUGAAAAUACUCGACAGGACCAAUUUCACCAAUCAAAAUUGUGCCCUCAUUCGGCUGCUGAAGGAGACGUGCUCCAGUACAGGAUUGCCUAAGUUUACAGAUCUCCUCAUGAAGUGUAUCUGGCGUAAUGUGAAAGUAAUUCCUGAACGAUCGAGUGAGCUGGACUAUGAUGCUGUUCUGCUGGAGUUGCACGAUUUCAUGGUGGCUCUGCCGAGUGCAUGGUGGCAUCAGCGUCCAUCGGACACACCGCUGAGAACAAUCAAGACCAUCAUACACAAUAUGGCAAAGAUCAAAGGCAAUGCCAUUCUGCAACACCUCAAUAAGAUUCCCUCCCACUCUGAGCUGUAUACUUAUCUCAUUCGGAUAUUGAAGAAAGAUGGUGGAUCGAGUGGAAAUCCUACAAAUGGAAAUUCAAAUUUGGUAUCACCGCAGCGCGGAAGUCAACAGGGAAGUGUGAAAGAUCAAAAGCAGCGUUUGACUAAGCAGACGCAUGACACAAUUUCCUGCAUAUUCAAACUGAUUUCCGACACGCAAACCAGCAAGGAAGGCAUAGCGAAGCUGUAUGAUUUUAAGCUGAUGAAUCCCGAAGUGGAUGUUGUUCCAUUCCUCAAAGGGGCCAGUCCGACGUUCCAGAAAUAUAUUGAGGAUGGUUUGGCGGAAAUUGAGCGGCAGAGAAGUGGCAGUGAAGGCGAUAACAUCACACAAACCAUGACACCAGCAACUGACUCAAAUGUAAACAAUUUCAACUCAGACUACUGGUUGGACAAACUGAACACAAUGGUGGUAAAAUCUCGAGGAGCGGCCGCGAGUACCAAUUACGAUGCCUCCUCGGUGAUGGAUAAUAAGACAGCUGAUGAGAAUUUGAAUGUCAAUCAGCAAUUUGGCGGUAAAUCGACAGUGUCUCUCCUGAAAAAAGAUAUGAAUCCAGAACCAAUUUCAUCAAAUCGUCUUGAACUUCUUCAGCAGAAAUUGGCCCAAAUUCGUCAGCCCAAGUGAAUGUGUUUUUUUUCUUAUUUGUGAGCAGUGAGAAGAGAGACAAAUCGGAGAUAACUCCAUAGCUGCGUAAUAUUUUUAUUCAGUUUCUUAUUUCCCACAUUUGUGAAUUUUCCCUACAAUGCAAGAUCGAAAUGCUGAAGCACCCUAAAAGCGGGUAUAUUCACAUGUUUUUCAUUAUUUGUUUAGUUUUAACUGAAAAUCUCUAAAUUGCAUUUAGUAUCUUUCUCUAUGGAUCAUCAUUGUUUCUACGAUGAUGUUUCCUUUCAUUACAUCUAUAUAUUACUUCUAUGUCCCUUGUUACACAUGAAAUAUUUAUUGCAAAUUUAUAUUAUAAUGUAUUGUUAAUGCCUAUUUACGUUGAGAUAGUGAAAAAAAAUGAGCAACGGUGUAGCCAACAUACAUCAUGUAGUGAAAAUGUUGAUGUCAGACACACACACACACAAGGAGAAAAAAAGAGAAAGAAAGGAUUCCUAAAUUAAGCAAUUUCGUGGACCCCAUAAAAUUUCCAUCUUAGUGUUAAUUAAAUGUCAUGUUCUUUUUACCACAUUUAGUAUUUUUCCAUUUAUAGUUAUUUUUGCCAAUACCCCUGAAGAAUUUUCAAUUACCUAAUUACUAUUGCAAGGAUAACACAAUAAUUAUACUACUGACUUUAAUAUCAAGUUAAAUUAUUCUAGUUGAUGAGAAGAAGAUGAAGAAAAAAAUAAAAGAGAUCACGUGUAGUGAAAACAUGGUAGAAAAGCAGAUAGUAAUUUUUGAGACUAACAAUAACUGAUGACAUAAGAUUAAUAUCAGGAGAAAGUAAAAAUAAAAUUUUAUUAGUAGAAGUGAUGAUUAUAUUUUA